CCCCUUACACGACUUUCCGCAUCAGCUUCUCACCAUGCCAAUGACCAGCCAGCCUUUGCCGCAGCGUCGUAAACAAGCCGUGACGAGCUCCAUUAGUCGACGGUCAAGCCAUUGGAUCCCUCCUGUCAAAACCCCAUCUGUCAUGGGUGAACUAACGACGAGCAGAGGGGUCCUUGACGAGGGGUCGUCCUCCAAUUGGGAAAAAGAUGCGUGACCACCACCACGUCGCGGGACCCUUUUUCUUCGAAGAAAAAGGCCAAGAGGUAAUUAUAUACAUAGAUGAAGACCAGCCUACCUAUGGUGUGAUCUCCCCUCAAUGGCAUCAUUUUGGCUAGCUCGAUUCCUUUCUGCCUCUCCUCCGCCGCCCCUCUUGCUGUUGUGCCUCCGGUUGCCGGCCGCCGUUGGGCUUUAAGCGUGUCCAUCUGCUCUUCUUGUCUCACACACUCCCAGAAAGAAGAAGCUUUCUCUUUCUCUCUGUCUUCUCUCUCCCCUUCCUGCUACUUACCCCUCCCCCUCCUUCACCGAGAACUUUCCCACUUGCUCCUACCCCCCGCCCAAUAGUAUCUCUUCAUAUCUCCUGGCCACAACAAGCCGGAAAGUUACAAUGGCCGAAGAACUGAGCAAGAACUUUGAGACGCUGCAGCUCCAUGCAGGCCAGCAGCCCGACCCGACUACCAACUCGCGCGCCGUCCCCAUCUACGCCACCACGAGCUUUACUUUCAAUGACUCAGCCCACGGCGCGAGGCUCUUUGGCCUCAAGGAGUUUGGCAACAUUUACAGCCGUAUCAUGAACCCCACGGUCGACGUCUUCGAGAAGCGCAUCGCCGCGCUCGAGGGCGGCGUGGCCGCGCUGGCCACCUCCUCCGGCCAGGCCGCCCAGUUCAUCGCCAUCAGCGCCCUCGCCCAGGCCGGCGACAAUAUCGUCGCGACCUCGCUGCUCUAUGGUGGUACCUACAACCAGUUCAAGGUGUUCCUGCCGCGCCUCGGCAUCCAAACAAAAUUCGUCGAUGGCGACCGCGUCGAGGACAUUGCCAACGCCAUCGACGACAAGACCAAGGCCGUCUACGUCGAGAGUAUCGGCAACCCCAAGUACAACGUGCCUGAUCUCGAGGCCAUCGCCAAGGUCGCCCACGAGAAGGGCGUGCCCGUCAUUGUCGACAACACCUUUGGCGCUGGCGGCUACUUCAUUCGCCCCAUCGACCACGGCGCCGACAUCGUUGUCCACUCGGCGACCAAGUGGAUUGGCGGCCACGGCACCACCAUCGGCGGCGUCAUCGUCGACAGCGGCAAGUUCAAGUGGGACAACGGUCGCUUCCCGCUCAUGACGGAGCCCAGCGACGGCUACCACGGCCUCAAGUUCUGGGAGACGUUCGGUCCCGUCACCUUCAUCAUCCGCGCCCGCGUCGAGAUCCUGCGUGACCUCGGCGCCAGCCUCAACCCCUUCGCCGCCCAGCAGCUCCUCAUCGGUAUCGAGACGCUCUCCCUCCGCGCCGAGCGCCACGCCCAGAACGCCCUCGCCCUCGCUAAGUGGCUCGAGGCCAGCGACUAUGUCAGCUGGGUUUCGUACCCCGGCCUCGAGAGCCACCCGUACCACGAGACGGCCAAGAAGUACCUCAAGCGCGGCUUCGGCGGCGUCCUCAGCUUCGGCGUCAAGGGCGGCGGCUCCGCAGGCAGCCAGGUCGUCGACGGCUUCAAGCUCAUCUCCAACCUCGCCAACGUCGGCGACUCCAAGACCCUUGCCAUCCACCCCUGGACCACUACCCACGAGCAGCUGUCCGACGAAGAGAAGAAGAGCUCCGGCGUCAGUGAGGACCUCAUCCGCAUCUCGGUCGGCACGGAGCACAUUGACGAUAUCAUCGGCGAUUUCGAGCAGUCUUUCAAGAACGCCGCGGCCGCCACGACCGCCGGCAAGGCCGCCCCCGCCGCGGAGAACAAGCACGAGGACGCGCCGCUGGCCCCGUAAAACUUUCGUCGAGAUAAGACGGGACGACACGAAGAGAUAGGGAACGCCCCCCUGAACCACGUUUAGGUGGACAGCGUGCAAGCGUUUUUGCCAGCGCCUGGAUGAUGAAAUUGUUUUGGUUGCAUGAGAGAACGAAUACCCGUAGAAAAAGCAACGUUAAAAUGUUUUGUAAUGAAAAAAUCCGUUUGAAUGAUCAAAAAGCUGAAGAGGAGGAUGCAGUGCCGUCUGUCUCCCUUGUCUCGUGUGUCGUGCAUCGAAAACAUGCCGAUCCAGCCAACGCCUGAGACAAAACCCACACCCUCCAACCAUCUGGCCGCUGUCAGAGCGUGAGGGAAAACAAGGAGAGACACAGACAAAGCGGAUGCCUCCUGGUCUUCGACGACGGCGGUCGCGAUCCGGAUGAGGCGCGGCUGCCAGUGGCAACUCGCCAGGCAUGCGAGGAAAUCAAAACGUGCCGACGCCACAAAUUCCUAGUGGGCAGUUGAGCGGCUUUUAUUUGGAGCAGCCGCCUCUGCCUUGCACCCGUAAACGUGCUAAAGUCU